AUGUCGACAACAAAUGUGCGACCGAGCACUGCGAGCCACUUCUUGCACAACUCAGAAUCAUCCCUAGAAAAUACCACAAAGCUCUUAAUCGAAGAAGAGCCACCGUCUAACACAGAAUGGGCCAUUCUCUGUGACCACUUCACCAGCACCUGCGAGCUGGAGAUCAACAGCGGCUUCAACGAAGACCUCAAUGACAAACAUAUGCCUGUGCAAUGGCCGCUCGAGCGGUUGGUGUUGUCCGCCAAGAUCCAGUAUUUGAGCCGUCAAUCCGAUAUCCAGCUAACCAAUAUGAGCCAGCUAGGCAAGGAGUGGAUGGCAAAGAAGAAUAACGCCUCCUGUCUGACAGAGAAUUCCCCGCGCGAGCCAAAAGCCAAACCCAUUACAAGUGGGGGGAGCCAUCUACUCUCCAAGGAACCAUCAACCCUAUCCGGUCUUUACGCCAACUUCCCGCCAAACCCGACCAACCGCCAUUUCCGCGGCCAUGUUCUGCUCUGUGAGUCAGAUCUGUGGAAGGAGUGGGCUCUCUUCGGAAGCAAUCUCAUCAUUUAUCAAGCCUCCAUAGCGUUCCUUUACGCCAUAUGUACAAGUAUCAGGAGGGACGCCGGUGGCCACCUCGAAGAACUCGUAGAUUGGACAGAACUCAAAAACUCAUAUUCGCCUUUCCAAUGUUCAGUGAGAUAG